AUGCCGUCUACAGUGGACAAGACUUCCUACCCGCUCGACAACGUCGACGCCACGGCAUUAAGCGGCCGCGAAAUCGACGAGACGUUUCGCUCAAGCUGCAUCGACCUCGUUUCGUCCGCGCUCGGCGGUAAGGUCCUCGCCCGCUCCGACGAGUGGUUUGCUGACGCGACCAACCUGCUCCUGCCCCACGCGCCCGUCUCCAAGCCCGGCAAGAUGGUCUUCUCGGGCCAGUGGAUGGACGGCUGGGAGACGCGCCGGCAUAACCGCCGGCCCUUCGACUGGGUCGUGAUCCGGCUCGGCGUGGCGUCCGGCACGGUCACCGGCGUGGAGGCCGAUACGGCGUUCUUCACGGGCAACUACGGCCCGGCGGUGUCGGUGGAGGGGUGCUUCAGCUCGAGCGAUGAGGAGGUCGUGUCGUGGAAGGGCGAGAGGGGCAGGUGGGAGACGAUCCUCGGCGUGCAGCACUGCGGCCCGUCGCGGCGCUUCGGCUGGAAGAUCGCCGCGCCCUCGAGCAAGGCGUACACGCACGUGAGGCUCAACAUGUAUCCCGACGGGGGCAUCGCGCGCUUCCGCCUCUGGGGCCACGCUGUGCCCGUCUUCCCCGACGAUAAAGCCGCCAUCUUCGACCUCGCCGCUGCGCAGAACGGUGGCAUCGCCGUCUCCUGCAGCGACGAGCACUACACCUCCCCGAGCGACCUGCUCCUGCCCGGCCGCGGCUCCGAUAUGAGCGAGGGGUGGCACACGGAGCGGUCGCGCGAGGUGGGCCACUCCGACUGGGCCAUCAUCAGGCUCGGCGCGCCGGGCUACAUCCGCAACUUCGUCGCCGACACGGCGCAUUAUAGGGGCAACUUUCCGCAGCAGGUGGCCAUUGAGGCGCUGGCGUGGACGGGCGGCAGCGGUGGGGAGCCUGAUGCGAAUGAUUCGGCGUGGCGGGUGGUUGUGGCUCCGACUGAUAUGGGGCCGGAUCAGGAGCAUGACUUGCCCUGCGCGGAAGGAGAGAGUGUUUUCACGCACGUCAAGCUGAUCAUCAUCCCAGACGGGGGUCUGAAGAGGCUGAGGGUGUUUGGGCGCAGGAGCAGUUAG